AUGCGGCCGCAACUACUUCUUUCCUAUGCCCUGGUGCUGAACCAGCUCUUGGCGAGUGCAUUCUAUGUCUCACCUCCAGUUCCACAAGAGGAUGUAAUAACCUGCGGCUCUACCCCAUCCGAAGCGAAGCAACUCGGGUGCGCAUUCGAUCUCUUCUCUUUCGCCUACUACCCACCACCUUGCUACAACAAAAACCUCCACAACGAGUUUCUCGCCAUUCACGGCUCCGAGAUUGAAUGGCGCACGAUGGAUUACACUCCCAUUGCUACCGCUGACGUCCUGGAGGGAAAUCAUAUCGACCUCCGCCCAAUCUCAGGCCAGUUCCAUGACCUACACUGCACCUACGAGUGGCUGAGGCUGAUUCGGGCUCUGGCAGAAGAGCGCCCGCUGGACAGAAAGCUGGCGAGAUAUGUGCAUUCCCACCAUUGCUCGAUGAAUCUGCUCCAAAGGGACAAGACUGGGAGAAAUGAGACGGCGACGCAGACGGCCUCAAUGUUGUUUGGACGAUGUGGACUGACUGCGGACCAGAUGCAUGCAUAUGGAGCUGAAUAG